GUCGUUCUCACGUCUCACUCCAUCCCAACACUUCACCUCCAAAAUCCAAUUUUCAAGUCAAAAAUUUUAUCUUUUGCGGCAACCCUUAUCUGCAAUUCAACAUAAACCCAUGUUUUGUUCUUAGCUACCUACUACAUUCCGCUAACAAUGAUUACAUUUAUGGGACAAGAGUAGCUUCCCCAUUUCUUCAUCUGGAGAUCCAUUUUCUUGUCCGGUUUCCUGGGCUUGGUCUAUUUAUUCUGCUGCUUCCUGGGUCGACCGCAGCUGCAGCGAUCAUGGCGGCGUUCCGGGCUUUAGCGGUUGUCUUGAGUGUGUGGUGUGUGUGUUUCUUGGUGGAGGGGAAGUACAUGGUUUACAACACCUCGGGAGGCGUUGUGCCCGGCAAGAUUAACGUGCAUUUGGUUGCUCACACGCAUGAUGAUGUUGGGUGGUUGAAGACUGUUGACCAAUACUAUGUUGGAUCGAAUAACUCCAUUCAGGUAGCAUGUGUGCAGAAUGUAUUGGAUUCAUUGAUUCCAGCGUUGUUGGCUGAUGAAAACCGGAAAUUCAUUUAUGUCGAGCAGGCGUUUUUCCAGCGGUGGUGGCGGCAACAGAGCGAUGGGAUGAAGGAGACAGUCAAGAUGCUAGUUAGCUCGGGUCAACUUGAGUUCAUAAAUGGAGGUAUGUGUAUGCAUGAUGAGGCAGCAACGCAUUACAUUGAUAUGAUAGACCAGACAACACUAGGCCACUGGUAUAUUAAACGGGACUUCAAUGUCACUCCUAGAAUUGGUUGGCAGAUUGACCCGUUCGGGCAUUCUGCUGUACAGGCUUACCUUUUGGGAGCAGAGGUGGGAUUUGACGCUCUAUACUUUGCUCGUAUUGAUUACCAAGAUAGAGCCAAGAGGAGUGCUGAGAAGAAGCUUGAGGUUAUCUGGCAAGGUUCCAAAAGUCGUGGUUCUUCCUCCCAGAUAUUUUCUGGUGCUUUCUAUGCCGGAAAUUAUGAGCCUCCAACUGGUUUUUAUUACGAAAUCAAUGAUGAUUCCCCUAUAGUCCAGGAUGACAUCGGGCUAUUUGAUUACAAUGUUCAAGAACGUGUUGAUGCCUUCGUAGCUGCUGCCUAUUUUCAGGCUAAUGUUACUCGUUCAAAUCAUAUAAUGUGGACUAUGGGAACAGAUUUCAAAUAUCAAUACGCACAUACAUGGUUCCGGAAUAUGGACAAGCUAAUACACUAUGUGAAUCAAGAUGGCCGUGUCAAUGCCUUCUAUUCGACUCCAUCUAUAUACACUGAUGUGAAACAUGGUCUGGAUGAAUCAUGGCCUCUUAAAUCCGAUGACUUCUUCCCGUAUGCUGACCGUAUAAAUGCUUACUGGACCGGUUAUUUUACGAGUAGGCCUGCCAUUAAAGGCUAUGUCAGAGAGCUGAGUGGCUACUAUUUGGCAGCAAGACAGUUGGAGUUCUUUCGAGGAAGAAAUAAAUCCGGCCCUACAACUGACUCAUUAGCUGAUGCUUUGGCAAUAGCACAACAUCAUGAUGCAGUUACAGGUACUGAAAAGCAGCAUGUGGCUAAUGACUAUGCAAAACGGCUUUCAAUAGGUUACGAGGAGUCUAAGGAUGUCGUAGCAGCUUCCCUUGGUUGUCUAACGCAAUCACCAUUGUCUUCAGAAUGCAAAAGUCCUGUCACGAACUUCAACCAGUGCCCGCUGCUGAAUAUAAGUUAUUGUCCUGCAACAGAAGUUGAUCUUUCUGUUGGAAAGAAAUUAGCAGUACUUGUUUACAACCCUCUGGGGUGGAAAAGAACAUCAGUCAUCAGGAUUCCUGUCAUCAACGAGAAUCUUUCCGUAUCAGAUUCUAGUGGAAAAAUACUUUUGUCACAGCUUCUUCCUAUAGUUAAUGCUUCAGUAUCCACGAGAAAAUUCUAUGCUAGUGCAUAUACGGGUGAAUCCCCUACAUCCGUCGCCAAAUAUUGGCUCGCUUUCACAGCAGUAGUUCCACCUUUGGGUUUUAGUACUUAUGUGAUCUCAAGUGGUCAAUCUUCUGCUUCGACAAAACUUACACCAAACACGUUUGACACGAGCCAAAAUGGUGGCAUUGAAGUCGGCCCAGGCAAUUUGAAGCUUAUAUACUCUGGAAAGGAUGGAAAGCUUACGCAGUAUAUUAAUGCUAGAAACUCAGUCAACAUAUCUUUGGAGCAAUCCUAUAGUUAUUAUAUCGGGAGUACUGAUGAACUCCAGGCUUCUGGAGCGUAUGUUUUUCGGCCAAAUGGCACGUACAACAUACAGUCAAAAGAAAAGAUUCCACUUACAGUAUUUAAAGGACCACUCUAUGAUGAAGUUCAUCAGCCAUUUAGUUCAUGGGUAUAUCAGAUUACAAGAGUGUACAAGGAGAAGGAACAUGCUGAGGUUGAAUUUACUGUCGGACCCAUACCCAUAGAUGAUGGAAAGGGAAAAGAGAUUGUGUCUCAACUCAAAACCAUGAUAGGAAACAACAAAAAGUUCUAUACAGACUCAAACGGACGCGAUUUUCUGGAACGGAUUCGAGACUACAGAGCCGACUGGGACCUUCAAGUCAACCAACCAAUUGCUGGAAAUUACUACCCUAUCAAUCUUGGAAUUUACAUCAAAGACGAGAGCACAGAGAUGUCAGUUUUGGUGGAUAGAUCGGUUGGAGGAUCAAGUAUUAUUGAUGGCGAAGUCGAGAUAAUGCUGCACAGGAGACUGCUCCAUGAUGAUGGUAGAGGCGUUGACGAGUCUCUAAAUGAAACAUCCUGCGCUCUUGGUACAUGCACAGGUUUAACUGUCCAAGGGAAGUACUAUCUCAGAUUUGAUCCACUUGGAGAGGGAUCCAAGUGGCGUCGGUUGUUUGGACAGGAGAUAUACUCGCCUUUCCUUCUGGCCUUCAGUGAGCAGGUAAAAGCCAUGGCUAAGCUGUUCCUAACUUCCUGUAAUGGAUUCUUACACUUUUUUGUGCUUGAUAUUGCCUUCAUAUACUCUCAGGAUGAUAAGUGGACAAAUUUCCCAACACCAACUUUUUCGGCCAUGGAUCCUUCUUACAGCCUACCUGAUAACGUCGCAAUAAUAACCCUACAGGAGCUUCAAGACGGUGCUGUUCUCCUUCGUUUGGCACAUCUAUACGAGAUUGGAGAGGACAAGGACUUGUCUAGCUUGGCAACUGUGGAGUUGAAGCGAAUUUUUCCAAAUAGGAAGAUCAACAAAAUCAAGGAAAUGAGUCUAUCUGCUAACCAAGAAAGAGCAGAAAUGGAAAGGAAAAGACUGUCUUGGAAAGUAGAAGGCUCGGACUCAAAACCGCGUUCUGAUUCCAGAGGCGGCCCUGUAGAUGGCGUGAAGUUGGUAGUCGAGCUUGCCCCCAUGGAAGUACGGACCUUCAUCAUCGACUUCUACCCAUAUCUCGUCCAGUACUGAUGCACGACACAAGGUGAGAGUUGGUUUUUUCAUGUUACAUUCUGGGGCAAUGCUGGGAAAUAACGUCGAUCUUAUUAGUUGCACGCGUCUGGAAUAGCUCGACAGAGAGCUCGAAUAACAGCUCUUGCAUGUCAGAUGGAUCGAUGAGUGUGUGAGUGAAGGUUUUCAGCUGGUUUUUGUGAUGUUUGUUGUCUCCAUCUCUCUUGUUGUUGAAGUGAGAGCAAACAUGGACCAGUUGGGACUUUUUCAUUCUUGUAUUGUAAUAAAACCUUUUGUUGCUCUGCAAAUGUAAUAACAUGCCUUUUUUCAUGCAAUAUUUCAAGUUCACAAUCAA